AUCACGAUAGCCUACAACGUGGUGAACACAGUUCACAUAAGCUCUUUUGAUGGCUCGUGUGGAAUGUUGAGACGUUCACUAGAAUGUGACUGUGAUAGCUUCACGUGUUCCCCAAUAUCGCCAGGCAAAAGAGACAGAGAGACUCACUUUCCUUCCUUUCCUUCUUCUGCUUCGGUCCCUCAUGUCCACUGUUCCCUUCUGUGUGCGGCUAGCAGCAAGGCGAGGUGUUGUGAGCAUUUCUUCUCCAUUGCUGUUGCUGCUGCUGUUGCUGCUGCUGUUACUGCUGCCAUUUCAUUGGUUCUUAACCACUCCCCCUGUUCCUUUUUGUUCUUUCCACUUUGCAAGGCUGUACGAGAGAACAGCACAAAUGGGACCGGGAGACCAUCCCACGAUUGUGGAGACUGUUGGAAUAAAAUCGCUUCGAUGCACUGCAAAUGGCCUAGAUCGACCACGGGUCAGUGGGCCCCGGUGUUAGGAGCCUAAUUCACCUUAUGUCGCGUCC